AAAUGAUUGCAGAUCUGUAAAAUGCUGAUGGCCGACGUGAUAAGACUGUGGACUUAAAAUCAUGUGCAUUUCCCUCCUUGCUGUGUCUGUCUGAUGACCGGAAGGGGCUAACGUAAAAGACUACACGUUGCAGUUUCGCAUGAUUAUUGCAAUUGGUUUUCUAGGGGGACCGACCCCGACUGCAUUCACCACCACCAGCACCACCAGCACACACCCCUCAGCACCGGUAAUGCAUCCCCGCGGCAAGGGCACGGACAACUCCUCGUUAGAGUCGUCUCGACUUUAGAAUGGUGCAGAAAUCUCUCAACGGCGGGGUUUACCCAACUCAAGCCGGAGAGAAAAAGCACAAAGUGGGCUUUGUUGGAUUGGACCCCGGCGCUCCUGAAUCCAACAGGGAUGGAGCGCUGCUCAUUGCGGGUUCGGAAAGCACCAAGCGGAACAGCAUCCUGUGCAGACCGAGGUCCAGCAUCUCCGCCGGGAGACCCAGACCGUCGAAGAAAAAUGCCAGCUAUCGGAAACUACAGAAUUUUCUCUAUAACGCACUGGAAAGACCGCGGGGAUGGGCGUUCAUCUACCACGCUUAUGUCUUCCUCUUGGUCUUCUCCUGUCUCAUACUUUCAGUCUUUGCCACCAUCAAAGAGUUCAAAAAUAGUUCAGAAAAUGCCUUGUACAUCCUGGAAAUUGUGACCAUCGUGGUGUUUGGAGUGGAGUACAUUAUAAGGAUAUGGGCUGCCGGUUGCUGCUGUCGAUACAGAGGAUGGAGAGGGAGGCUAAAAUUUGCCAGAAAGCCUUUCUGUGUCAUAGACAUUAUGGUGCUGAUAGCCUCCGUGUCCGUACUGGCAGCUGGAUCUCAGGGCAAUGUUUUUGCCACCUCGGCCAUCAGGAGUCUGAGAUUUCUGCAGAUCCUGCGCAUGCUGCGUAUGGACCGACGGGGAGGAACCUGGAAGCUGCUCGGAUCUGUAGUUUAUGCCCACAGCAAGGAGCUCAUCACAGCGUGGUACAUAGGCUUCCUGUGUCUCAUCCUGGCUUCAUUCCUGGUCUACUCUGUGGAAAAGGAGUCAAAUGAGGAGUUUGAGACCUACGCUGAUGCUCUUUGGUGGGGACUGAUCACGCUCACAACCAUUGGAUAUGGUGAUAAGGUUCCCAAGACGUGGAAUGGACGCUUGCUGGCAGCCACAUUCAGCAUGAUCGGUGUGGCUUUCUUUGCUCUUCCUGCUGGCAUCCUGGGUUCUGGCUUUGCCCUCAAAGUCCAAGAGCAACACAGGCAGAAACAUUUUGAGAAGAGACGUAACCCUGCAGCAGGCCUUAUCCAGGGUGCUUGGAGGUUUUAUGCCACCAACCUUUCCCGUACAGAUCUGCUGUACACUUGGGAUUUUUAUGAGCAGACUGUUGCUAUCCCAAUGUACCGACUUAUUCCACCUCUAAAUCAGCUGGACCUGCUGAGGAAUCUGAAGGGCAAGUCGUUCAGGAAGGAGUCUCAAACAGAAACCUCUCCCAGUAAUGAAAAUGCACACAAAGACAGACUUUGCGGGUGCUGUCCGAGAGCUAUUAGUCGAAAAGCUAGCCUGAAGGACAAGGUGUUCCCCAGUCCUUCCAAGGCUCCAGUGACCAAGGGGAAAGUCCGGUCUCCAGGGGCAGAAGACGGGGCUGAGGCGAGUCCCAGCAAAGUUGCCAAAACCUGGAGCUUCACUGAGAAGAACCGAGGGCCAAAGCACUCCUUCAGAGUCCGGGGCAGCGUCUCACGCCAAAACUCAGAGGUGCUGAUUGAAAUGCAGGAUGAAGACCUUGGACUGAAGAGUUCUCCAGCAAUUGAAGGUUUAAUAAAGGCGAGCCUUCCAGGAGAGGAAAUUGGUGACGAUAAGAGCUGCCACUGUGAGUUUCUCACUCAAGAAUUACCACCAGGCUUGAGGGUUACAAUAAGGGCAAUCUGCAUCAUGAAGUUUCUGGUGUCAAAGAGAAGGUUUAAAGAGAGCUUGCGGCCUUACGAUGUCAUGGAUGUGAUCGAGCAGUACUCUGCAGGUCACCUUGACAUGCUGUCUCGCAUUAAGAACCUGCAGUCCAGAGUUGACCAGAUAGUUGGUAAAGGUCCUAAAGCUGAAGGAGGGGCUGCAGAUGACCAGAGCAUGAUGGGACGGCUGGUCAAAGUGGAAAAGCAGGUGGUCUGUAUGGACAGGAAACUUGAUUUCCUUGUCAAUGUGUACGUGCAGCGAAUGGGAAUCCCUCGUUCGGAAACAGAUGCCUUUUUUAACUCUAAAGAGCCGUAUCCUGCCCCGCCUUACCACAGCCCAGAGGAGAGUAAGCAGGAGAAGGAGUGUAAAGAGGAAGUGAAGGAGGAAAAGAAGGAGCAGACAUGCUCACCUGCCGAUGUCCAGUGCUUUGAUGGGUCUUUGGAAAAGAAAGAUCCUCUACUGGGUCGGCCUGUGGCGAGAUCGGUGGGUACUUCCUCUGGCAGCAACAGCCGCCCCUCUACCUCCUGGCAGCACCAGCUGCAGCACCCCCUCAGCCAGCCUGCCUGGAACAGCAGUGUGGCCAACAGCCCCUCACCAGUUGGGGGCAGUGGCGAUCAUUCACCCACAUUGUUUCGCCUCCCGCCUCCACCUGCUAAGGUUCACGACCAAUCCUCCUCUGGCCCGGGCGGCAGUGGCAGAGAGAGCCGCUCCCAGAACAGGAGGCGCCACAGGAGGCAGAUGUGUCAGCAGGAUGCUACCGCCGUGGAGAGUGACACGUCUCUAUCCAUCCCAUCUGUUGACCAUGAGGAGCUAGAGCGCUCCUUUAGCGGCUUCAGCAUCUCCCAGGCCAAGGAAGACUUCUUUGGGCCUUCUUUCUUUAUAGGCUCAGGAGGGGGAGCUGGAGCAGAGCCUGAAGUCGCAGCUGGACCUUCUCUCUGUGCCAGGGUCAGACCGUUCAUAGCAGAGGGAGAAUCAGACACAGACUCGGACCUAUACGCUCCCUCACCCCUAUCCUUCACUGGAGAGGUCUCAUUCGGAGAGAGGGCAUGGCAAGGAAUGAAGUAGGUCAGGAUUGCUCCACCUGGCAAGGAAAAGAGAUCCGUGCUUCAGUUGCCAUUUUGAGACCUAUCAUGAGACCAUGUUGCCAGCUGACUGACUGUUGCUGUUGACGAUGCAGUGAAUGGUUAUAACGAGUAUAUUAAUGAACUGGUAAAAAUUUGUCAUUUUAAUAACAAAAGGGUUGUGCUUAAUUAUCUUUUUUGUUUGUGAAUACAAGCAAAGCAUUAUUACAGUUGCAUUGCAUCCAUCCAGCUCUUGGUUAAAUA